UGUUUACUCUCGCUUCUUUCACUUUUGUGUGGCUCUUCUUUCUCUCUCUAUCUGAAUUGUAAGGGUCCAUUUUUAUUCAUCCCAGCAUAGCUCUUCGCAAAAGUACCUUUAUUUUGGCUUUGUGUUUGUGGCACACUCUUUUAGUUUCUUCCUCUUAAUGGGUUCUCUGAGACUGAUUUGCUUUAUUUUCUAGACCCAGUUUGCGUUUUAAGCUUUAAAUGUAGUGGGUGUGAAAGAAAGAGAGAAAGUUCUUGACUUGAUGGGGUCUGAGUCUCAGAGCCUUUUGGUACCUUGGGGUUUGGGUUCUUGAAGGAAAUCCCCACUUUUCUGUUCAUGCAAACAAAUUAGCUCACUUUUUCCUAUUGGCUCCUUUUAUUUCUUGAGGUUUGAGAAGGUUUGGUGGGGAAAGCUGUAUUUUUUGUGGUUGUUUUCUUAGUGUGUGAUACUUCCUCCGCAUAUGAAUGGAAGGUUAGUAUUACUUGAUGGCAAACCAUGAAAUCUGGAGGAGGGUGAGCAGUGGUAUGCCUUGAUCUUCCCUGACUUUUUGAGAGGGUUACCCUGGAGAUUGUGAGUGCUGUCUUGAAAUAAAGCUGGCCUAACAUAAAAUUGAAGCACAAGAACCCAAUUAAAGCAGCCCUUAGUAGCUAUUUAUGUAUGUCAUGUGAUUUUUGGUGUUCCACUAUACGAUGGAUAAUGAUUUGUUUAGAGUUCCAAUAGAUAUGAGCGGUCAAAGUGCUGUUUACAUUGGUGGGUUUCAACAACAUACAACACCUAAUUCACUUGUGCAGUCUGACUCCUUUGACCUUAACCGUGAAAACCAUAUUAUGUCUGGAUUUCCAGUGCUUUCAGAAUUGCAAGGAGAAACUAUCAAUGGUCUCCAUCCUACUCUUCGCACCACAAAUGGUGUGGGGAUUGUUGAUUCGAAUGAAUUGGUUUCAUUGCUAGGACGAAAUGUAGUGAGAGAUUCCUCACUUUCCAGUUCACGGCUCACUAGUAACACUGAAUUUCAAGAGCAAUUAGCUGGAGGAAAUUCUAUUUCUGCUGCUUCACUAGCUACCUUUCUGUCUGCAAGAACUGGUCUUCAGGAUAAUCUUAACAGUUUAGCAAUAUCAACACCUGCAAUCUGUCCAUUGGAAUUUCUAGGAACUUAUGCUUCAAAUGGCUGCUCAAAUGGUUUAAAUUCUUCUUUCACAACUUCUGUGAACUGUGGAUAUGAUGAAGUACUUGGUAAUACAAAUACCAAGUAUUCUGCUCCACUAGAACUUGGUGGGAAAUUCCCAGUAAGGGCAGAGCUUCAGCCAUAUUCAUCCACUGGAAAUCCAGGUGCAAAUGGAUGUCUGUCAUCAAGUAGUGGAAAUCUGACUGCAAAUCGUCCUUACAGUUCCACUAAUUUUAAUAACGAGCUCUCUCUAACUCUUGCUACUUCUGAGCGUUCUGUUCUAAGUGGGAUAAAUAUCCCAGAUCGGUGUUCAGAAAUGGGUUUUUCUGGUGUGACUCGCCAUUGCUUGAAUGAAAAAAGAUUAAGCUCUGAACAGACUUCCUGCAACAGUAAGGAGCUUUCUGUAAGUUUUGGUUCUUACAAACCAACUCAAUUCUCACAAGUAAUAUUAGGAUCAAGAUAUCUUCGUGUAAUUCAGGAAAUACUAGUUCAAAUUGCAAACUAUUCACUAGAAAAUCUAGACCAUAUGAGUUAUUCAAAUGGCCGGAAUGGUGCUUCUUCAAAUAUGCCAUUCUCUUCAAAUUGCUCUGCUGAAAGAUGGAUGUCAUCAAUGGUUCCUGAUGUGGAUGGAGGAUUUGAACCUGAAAUGGAGUCCACAUUGCGAAGGCGUGCAAAUGAAGCCAAAAAGACCCAAUUGCUGAGUCUGCUACAAGUGGUUGAUGAGCGAUACAACCAAUGCAUGGAUGAGGUCCAUACUGUGAUAUCUGCAUUCCAUGCUGCUACCGAGUUGGACCCUCAGAUACAUGCUCGUUUUGCCAUUCAAACAAUCUCUUUCUUGUAUAAAAACUUGAGAGAGAGGAUUAGCAACCAUAUCCUUGCAAUGGGAGCACACUUUAGCAGCCCAUGCACAAAAGAAAAGGAAAGAUCUUUUGAAACUUCUUUCAUCCAAAAGCAAUGGGCUCUCCAGCAGCUAAAAAGCAAAGAUCAUCAAUUAUGGAGACCCCAACGAGGCCUGCCAGAAAGAUCUGUCUCAGUUUUACGGGCUUGGAUGUUUCAGAACUUUCUUCAUCCGUAUCCUAAAGAUGCAGAGAAGCAUUUACUUGCAGUGAAGAGUGGAUUGACUAGAAGCCAGGUAUCCAAUUGGUUUAUUAAUGCUCGGGUUCGUCUGUGGAAACCAAUGAUUGAGGAAAUGUAUGCAGAGAUGAAUAGAAGAAAAGCGCAUCGAGAUGAUGAAGCCAGCCAAAGUGAUCAGAGAAGCCACAUAAGCAUCAAUAAUCCAAGAUUAAAUGUGACUUGAAAAGCUGAAGGAAGAGAGGUAUAGAGAAAAUGGGGCAGUGAAUUUCUGUCAUUCAAUAGGGAAACAAACCACAUCCACAACAUGGUUACAAGUAACAACUGUACAUAGUGCAUUAUAAAGUUGGGGGGGUUUAAGAUUUGCGGUUUUCUUAAAUUUAUGCUUCCCCCACAAAUGUCUUGUUAAGCCAUUCACAAUUCUAAGUAACAUUACGUGGAAAUAUUUUGUAUGUUUUGA